CUCAGGAAAAUAUGUCGCACUUAUAAGCCUAAGUAAACGUGCUGAAUGUGAAGAAUCAGGUCCCAAUUAAUAUCCAAGAUACACGAUACACGGUUUUUAUUAGUGUUCGUUCGUUUUAAUCUCUGAAAGUAUAAAGAUGACAUUUAUGUUUUGAAUUGUUGAUAAUGCGCCGUUCGUACUAGUGACGGUGAAACGUGUUGAUUUUAAAGACCCGUCCAGUGUUAUGUAAUCAUGCGUGUGCCAGACAAUAACAAUUUACCGAACUUCAACGAUGAAUCUACGAAACCCCGAGAGGAGCUCAUUUCCAUUGCUACAAGGUUUUUGAGUAAUCAGAAGAUACAACAGAGCCCUUUAACAUACAGGCAGAAAUUCCUAAAAUCUAAAGGACUGACAGAUGAAGAAAUCAGCAUUGCCUUUGAGCGUAGCUUCACUCCAUUGCCAGACACUCAGACAUCAAUAGCAAUACCUCCACAACAGAUAAUUCUUCCUCGGCCAACAUUCUGGAGCAGAUUUAGAGAUAUUGGCAACAGUAUAGCACUAAUAGCAGGUGCUCUCUAUGCUUUAUAUCUGUUCUAUAAGAGAUUCUUACAUUCAUUUUUCUUUGGGAAGAAAAAGAAGAAAUCUCUUGAAGAUUCUAUUGUGGACUUAGAGAAAUCAUUGACAGGGAAAGUAAAGAGUGUGCAGGAUGAUGUGAAGAAAACUAGUAUUGAAGUUGGACAUUUAAGCAACCUAGUACAAAAUGCAGAUACAACAAGUAGGCACAUCCAAGAUCUCAAGGCAGAGUUCUCCUCACUCAAGAGUGUGCUUCUUAGUGGGUCACAGUUUCCUGUGCCAAAACAGACCCCAUUAGUAUCAACUGCAAUUCCUUCUUGGCAGAUGCCUCAAAAAGAGGAAGGUGGUACAGGAGUGCAAUCCAAGACUGAAGGCGUCAGUGAUGAGGCUUGUGGAUCAGGCUCAAGUGAACCUGAAAUGAUAAAUAACAAUGGAAGUGAUAGCAGUAUGGAGUUAAUCAGAGAAUAACAUCUCGUAACGAUGUAGUAAUAAAUGUGGCAUCUUGUAGUUCAGAAUCACUGUAAUUUGCCAUAUUUUAUAGUGACACAUUAUCAAUACUUUAAAUGACUGCCAUAAGCUAAGUCGUUGCUCAGUGAUUUUGUAAAACAAAAGUUUUCAGAGCACCAGCAGUGCAGAUU